AUGGAGCACACGAGUGCGGCCGACGACAGCGGCAGCGACGACGAACGACAUGCCCACCUUCUUGUUCUUCUUGCAGCAGCAAAGCGGAGACGUCGCGAACGGCAACGCGCUGUGCUUACCGUGUCGGCCUGGCGAGUUGUCCUGCGGUCCUUCCCAGAUGACGACGAGUUGGAGGACGAAGGCCUUGGCGGUGGCCCCCCCGUGAAGCGUGCCCGCCGAGUUCUUCCACGGCCAGACUACCGUGCCUCGUUUUGGUGGCGCAUGCUGGGCGAGACGGGCCUCAAGGAACCAGCGUCAAGAGAGGGCAAGCUUUUUCGGAGGCGCUUCCGCAUCCCAUACCAGUUCUUCACCGAGCUCGUGGAGCUGGUCAAGGAGAAGAAGUGGUUCCCAAUGCGCAAGCAAGAUGUGGCCGGGCGCAUGUGCAUCCCAGUCGAGCU